AUGUGCGCCUCAACCUUGCUAGUGAUCUUUGGCAAGGAGAGUCCAAGCUGGCGGGAGAUUUGGCUCCAUCAGAUGCUGGAGUGCACGCAGCGGGCGGGCGCUGCGUUCCAGAAGUUUGGCCAGUGGCUGUCCAUGCGGCCGGACAUGUUCCCGCCGGAUGUGAUCCUGGCGCUGAGCAAGCUGCGUGCAGAUGCGCCGGCCCAUCCGGGGGCGGUGUCGCGGCAAAAGCUGAAGCAGCACCUCGGCAAGGACGUGGAUGAACUCUUCGACGAGUUUCAGGAGGAGCCGGUGGCCAGCGGCUCGGUGGGCCAGGUCCACCGGGCGCGGCUGCGGGCCGAGCACGCGCUGGACGGCCCAGGUGGCCAGCUGCGGGAGGUGGCUGUGAAGAUCCAGCACCCGGGCGUGAUCGACAGCGCCUUCAUGGAUUUGAACAUCGUUUGGCAGAUCGUGGCGUUCUCCGAAAAGUUUUUGCACAUGACGAUGCCCUUCGACAGGAGCGACUUUGAUGCGGUGAUCCAAGCACAGAUGGAUUUCACCCGCGAGGCGUUUAAUCUGCAGAGAUUCGCCAAGAACUUCAAGGGGGAGACCCGCAUCAGGUUUCCGAAGGUCUCCUCGCGGCUGGUAACCCCCGAAGUGCUGGUGGAGACCUGGGAGAACGGGGAGAUCAUCUCCAACAUCAUGGAGGACUUCGACAACGCGAAGGUCGCCUGCAAAGACGCAGUCACGGCCAUCGCGGAGAAGAAGAAGGAAGUCCAAGGUAGGCUUUCCAACAUCCUCUACGACAUGAGCAUGAAGAUGAUGGUGCGGGACAACUUCGUGCACGGGGACUUGCAUGGUGGCAACAUCUUGUACUCCAUGCACGGCGACCACGUCACGGUGCUGGAUGCUGGCAUCGCCACGUCCCUGGACAAGCGGACCUUUGCUCCCUUCGGACGGUUUCUCUAUGCCCUGUGCUCCGGGCAGACGGAUACCGUCGUGGAUUACCUCCAGCGCUUCAACGAGUCGAACAUGGUGGUGAACACGCUGCAGCUUAAGACGGACAUCCAAGACACCAUGGACAAGUACAUGGGCCCCUUCCGGCUGAAGCAGGAUGGGCCGCUGAAUGCUGCGGACAUGUUCGGCGAGGUGAUGUUCACCCUGCAGAGGCACGGGAUGCUGCUGAAGGGCGACGUCGCCUCGACGCUCUUCACCAUCUCCAUCUCCGAGGGUUUGGUGCGGCAGCUGGAUCCGAGCUUCGAUGUGGCCCACCAGGCCUUGCCCUACAUCGCCAGGUACAUGGGCGCGGCGGCGGCCACGGGAAGCUAA